UCUACAUUUUGAACCACUGACCCGUCCUUGGAAAAUAGAUGAGUCAGCUCAGUCUUAGACUCCCGGUGCCAGUUUUAUCUUCUAUCCUGAAGUAACCAAAAGCUCAAAAAACUCAAUCCAAUGGCCGCCACAUCCAUAGCCAAUCUCUUCUCCUUUUUCACGCCUUCAAAGCCACCACCACCCAAAACUCCACCACCACAACUCUCUCUCUCCUCCGAUUCUAUUCCAUCAUCAAGAAACAGAGAUGGGUUGGCCCCACUGGUUAUAUCCAAUGACGGCCACAAUUACCCUUUAUCUUCAUUAUCCUCUUCAUCUUCCAGUGAGCUGAUGUCUGUGGUCUGUCCAUCUCUUGCGUACUCCAAUACCCUUUUCUUUAGAUCGGCGUAUAAUGUUCAGGUCGUCGUGGACGAUAACGAGCCCGAAGAGAAGCUUCUCAAUCGGUUUCGCAGAGAGGUCAUGAGGGCUGGUGUCAUUCAAGAGUGUAAGCGUAGAAGGUUUUAUGAGAACAAGCAGGACGAGAAGAAGCGCAAGACCCGUGAGGCUGCCCGGCGCAAUCGUAGGAGACGCUUCCCACCAAGAGGUUCAAUACAAGAUAAGCAGGAAACCUCGAAGAACAAGAAGGAAGAUGAUGAUGAUAACUGGGACCUUCCUGAAGGUGGCCUUCCCAACUGACUCUAAAUGGCUCUCUCUGUUGUUCUCAUAGCUGGGACCUUCCUGUAGGGUUCUGCUCUUCUUGUGAGAGGCUUUUCAGUCCAUGUAAGUUCCCAGGAGAAUCAAGUUCUUCUAAUUUCCCCCAUACAUUAUUCACUUUUUUGGUAUUUUGUAAUGAAAUCAUGGUUUUUUGAUCCUUGCUUUGUGUAUGUAAAGCGACUGUUAUGUAAUUCUCACCUCAACCCUUGAUGACAAGGUCUUGUCCCAACUCUAUUAUGUGAUUUGACGAACAAAAAAAAAAUGUCCGUUUUGUGAUCUCAUUUUUCCACUGGUUGGGAUAGAAUAUAAUUGGCAGAAAUGUGGUUUGGUUGGAG